CCCCAGCGGAAGAAACUCGUGUUCUUCGUCUACCCAAUUCCGGGCCGCGGCGCAGAUCCGAUCGCGGGGGGAGAGAGGGCUGAGAGGGAAGACGAGUUCUAGGUUUCUGAUCGGGGGCAGGGUUCCGUCGUCGGGGGAUGCGAUGGCCCGACGGUCCUCCUCCUCCAGCCGGUGGCGGUACCUCCACCCCGCCUACUACCUGAAGCGGCCGAAGCGGCUCGCCUUCCUCUUCAUCGUGUUCGUCGUCGCCACCUUCGCUGUCUGGGACCGGCAAUCCCUAGUCCGGGAGCACGAGGCAGAGAUCACCAAACUUCAGGAACAAUUGAACAGAUUGCAGGAUCAGGUGCGGAAUGCAGGCGAUUCGAAACAGUUGAGGGAAGACUCUACUCAUACAACUGACAAAGUUACUCACAAUGAUAAUGUCUGGGAAAGUGAAAUUGAUCCCAUUAACAAUCAACGUAGAGAAAAAGUUAAAGAGGCUAUGCUUCAUGCAUGGAACUCAUAUGUAAAGUAUGCUUGGGGCCAAGAUGAACUUCAGCCUCAAACAAAGAAUGGUGUAAAUAGUUUUGGUGGUCUUGGAGCAACUCUUGUGGACUCUCUUGAUACACUGUACAUAAUGGGCUUAAAAGAUGAAUUUCAGAAAGCUAGAGAGUGGGUUGCAACUUCGUUAGAUUUCAACAAAGACUAUGUAGCAAGUGUUUUCGAGACAACCAUAAGAGUUGUUGGUGGACUUCUUAGUGCUUAUGACCUUUCUGGGGACAAGAUAUUUCUGGAGAAAGCGAAAGACAUUGCUGAUAGGUUGCUACCUGCAUGGGACACACCAACUGGCAUUCCAUACAAUAGAAUCAACUUGGCUCAUGGCAAUCCUCAUAACCAUGGAUGGACUGGGGGAGAAAGCAUUUUAGCAGAUUCUGGAACUGAGCAGCUCGAAUUUAUAGCUUUGUCCCAAAGGACAGGAGACCCCAAAUACCAGCAGAAGGCGGAGAAGGUCAUCAGGCAACUGCAGAAGACAUAUCCUAGCGAUGGUUUACUUCCCAUAUAUAUAAAUCCUCAUUCAGGAGCAGCAGCAUCAUACUCAACAGUUACAUUUGGUGCAAUGGGUGAUAGUUUCUAUGAGUAUUUACUUAAAGUGUGGAUACAAGGAAACAAAACAGAAGCUGUCAAGCAUUAUAGAGAAAUGUGGGAAACAUCAAUGGAAGGUUUGUUGAGCCUGAUUAGGAAAUCAACUCCAUCUUCUUUUUCAUAUAUCUGUGAGAAAAAUGGUGGCUCUCUUUCCAACAAGAUGGAUGAACUGGCAUGCUUUGUUCCGGGCAUGUUAGCUUUAGGAUCCUCUGGAUAUGGCUCUGAAAAAGCUGAAAAGAUUUUAUCUCUUUCAAAAGAGCUUGUUUGGACUUGCUAUAAUUUCUAUCAAUCAACUCCAACAAAAUUAGCAGGAGAAAACUACUUCUUUCAUGGUGGACAGGACAUGAGUGUUGGCACUUCAUGGAAUAUACUGAGACCUGAGACUGUUGAGUCACUUGUGUACCUAUGGCGUUUCACUGGGAACAAAACAUACCAAGAAUGGGGUUGGAACAUAUUUCAAGCAUUUGAAAAGAAUUCUCGUAUCGAUUCUGGUUAUGUUGGACUGAAGGAUGUCAACACGGGUGUGAAGGACAACAUGAUGCAGAGCUUCUUCCUUGCAGAAACACUCAAGUACCUCUACCUUUUGUUCUCACCACCGUCGGUCAUCUCAUUCGAUGAGUGGGUUUUCAACACUGAAGCCCAUCCUUUGAAAAUUACACCCAGAAAUGAUAAAGUCGAGAACGACGAAGGAGCAGAGGCAAAACCACACUCGAAAGCAGUCAUUAGGCCAUUUGGGAGAAAGCAGGGAAGAAUAUCGGAUCAUAAUUGACACAGUUUUGUAACACAGACUUUUAUUUAUGAAACAGAUGCCCCUCCUUUGGUUUAUUUAGAACAGAUAAACACCUAUAGCUUCAAAAAUUUUACUUAAUUGAAAUGAGGGGCUUAUCUCUGUUUUGCUUGGCAUGGUAUUUUCAUUAUAAGAUUAAUCCGAAUGUUAUUUGGAAUAA